CCAAGCGUCACCAACAGGUUGCAUCGUUCCCCGCGGCCGCCGCGCGGCCCCUCGGGCGGGAGCGGCCGGGGGUGGAGUGGGAGCGCGUGUGUGCGAGUGUGUGCGCGCCGUGGCGCCGCCUCCACCUCCCCGCUCGGUCCCGCUCGCUCGCCCAGGCCGGGCUGCCCUUUCGCGUGUCUGCGCUCCCUUCCCUCCGCCGCCGCCUCCUCCAUUUUGCGAGCUCGUGUCUGUGACGGGAGCCCGAGUCACCGCCUGCCCGUCGGGGACGGAUUCCGGGGGUAGAAGGAGACGCCGCAGCCGGAGCGGCCGAAGCAGCUGGGGACCGGGACGGGGCACGCGCGCCCGGAAGCCUGGACCCGCGGAGCCCGGCGCGAGGCGGAGGGCUGUCUUGUCAGCUGGGCAAUGGGAGACUUUCUUAAAUAGGGGCUCUCCCCCCACACCCAUGGAGAAAGGGGCGGCUGUUUACUUCCUUUUUUUUAGAAAAAAAAAAAAAUAUUUCCCUCCUGCUCCUUCUGCGUUCACACGCUAAGUUGUUUAUCUCGGCUGCGGCGGGAGCUGUGGACGGUGGCGGGCGAGCGGCUCCUGUGCCAGAGUUGAUGUUCACUGAUGGACUCCAAAGAAUCAUUAACUCCUGGUAGAGAAGAAAACCCCAGCAGUGUGCUUGCUCAGGAGAGGGGAAAUGUGAUGGACUUCUAUAAAACCCUAAGGGGAGGAGCUACUGUGAAGGUUUCUGCGUCUUCACCUUCACUGGCUGUCGCUUCUCAGUCAGACUCCAAGCAGCGAAGACUUUUGGUUGAUUUUCCAAAAGGCUCAGUAAGCAAUGCGCAGCAGCCAGAUCUGUCCAAAGCAGUUUCACUCUCAAUGGGACUGUAUAUGGGAGAGACAGAAACAAAAGUGAUGGGAAAUGACCUGGGAUUCCCACAGCAGGGCCAAAUCAGCCUUUCCUCGGGGGAAACAGACUUAAAGCUUUUGGAAGAAAGCAUUGCAAACCUCAAUAGGUCGACCAGUGUUCCAGAGAACCCCAAGAGUUCAGCAUCCACUGCUGUGUCUGCUGCCCCCACAGAGAAGGAGUUCCCAAAAACUCACUCUGAUGUAUCUUCAGAACAGCAACAUUUGAAGGGCCAGACUGGCACCAACGGUGGCAAUGUGAAAUUGUAUACCACAGACCAAAGCACCUUUGACAUUUUGCAGGAUUUGGAGUUUUCUUCUGGGUCCCCAGGUAAAGAGACGAAUGAGAGUCCUUGGAGAUCAGACCUGUUGAUAGAUGAAAACUGUUUGCUUUCUCCUCUGGCGGGAGAAGACGAUUCAUUCCUUUUGGAAGGAAACUCGAAUGAGGACUGCAAGCCUCUCAUUUUACCGGACACUAAACCCAAAAUUAAGGAUAAUGGAGAUCUGGUUUUGUCAAGCCCCAGUAAUGUAACACUGCCCCAAGUGAAAACAGAAAAAGAAGAUUUCAUCGAACUCUGCACCCCUGGGGUAAUUAAGCAAGAGAAACUGGGCACAGUUUACUGUCAGGCAAGCUUUCCUGGAGCAAAUAUAAUUGGUAAUAAAAUGUCUGCCAUUUCUGUUCAUGGUGUGAGUACCUCUGGAGGACAGAUGUACCACUAUGACAUGAAUACAGCAUCCGUUUCUCAACAGCAGGAUCAGAAGCCUAUUUUUAAUGUCAUUCCACCAAUUCCCGUUGGUUCUGAAAAUUGGAAUAGGUGCCAAGGAUCUGGAGAUGACAACUUGACUUCCUUGGGGACUCUGAACUUCCCUGGUCGAACAGUUUUUUCUAAUGGCUAUUCAAGCCCCAGCAUGAGACCAGAUGUAAGCUCUCCUCCAUCCAGCUCCUCAACAGCAACAACAGGACCACCUCCCAAACUCUGCCUGGUGUGUUCUGAUGAAGCUUCAGGAUGUCAUUAUGGAGUCUUAACUUGUGGAAGCUGUAAAGUUUUCUUCAAAAGAGCAGUGGAAGGACAGCACAAUUACCUAUGUGCUGGAAGGAAUGAUUGCAUCAUCGAUAAAAUUCGAAGAAAAAACUGCCCAGCAUGCCGCUAUCGAAAAUGUCUUCAGGCUGGAAUGAACCUGGAAGCUCGAAAAACAAAGAAGAAAAUAAAAGGAAUUCAGCAGGCCACUACAGGAGUCUCACAAGAAACCUCUGAAAAUCCUGCUAACAAAACAAUAGUUCCUGCAACGUUACCACAACUCACCCCUACCCUGGUGUCACUGUUGGAGGUUAUUGAACCUGAAGUGUUAUAUGCAGGAUAUGAUAGUUCUGUUCCAGACUCAACUUGGAGGAUCAUGACCACACUCAACAUGUUAGGAGGGCGGCAAGUGAUUGCAGCAGUGAAAUGGGCAAAGGCAAUACCAGGUUUCAGGAACUUACACCUGGAUGACCAAAUGACCCUACUGCAGUACUCCUGGAUGUUUCUUAUGGCAUUUGCUCUGGGGUGGAGAUCAUAUAGACAAUCAAGUGCAAACCUGCUGUGUUUUGCUCCUGAUCUGAUUAUUAAUGAGCAGAGAAUGACUCUACCCUGCAUGUACGACCAAUGUAAACACAUGCUGUAUGUUUCCUCUGAGUUACACAGGCUUCAGGUAUCUUAUGAAGAGUAUCUCUGUAUGAAAACCUUACUGCUUCUCUCUUCAGUUCCUAAGGACGGUCUGAAGAGCCAAGAGCUAUUUGAUGAAAUUAGAAUGACCUACAUCAAAGAGCUAGGAAAAGCCAUUGUCAAGAGGGAAGGAAACUCCAGCCAGAACUGGCAGCGGUUUUAUCAACUGACAAAACUCUUGGAUUCUAUGCAUGAAGUAAGUAUCAAACAUAAAGCCAAAUAUAAGAAUUUUCUGGGACAAAGUAUGUUUUGCUUAGUGAAUAUAAUUAUAUACCAACAGCGCCCCCCCCACCCCCAGUUUGUGGAUGUUGGUGAUAGCUUGAGUUCAACUUACAAACUUCAGUUUUGUAGACAUUUUUCCUAAGACCAAUUAUGAAAUAUCCUUUCACCUAGUCAUGUGUAUAUAAAAUCACCAUGUUAUUACAGAAUUUAAUAACACUGGUUUUAAAAAGUAUGAUUAAUCCAUUAAAUUAGAAUAAUGCACCCUGCAUAUAUUAUGGUGCUACAGUGAUUCAUGAAAUACUCAAUUCCAUAUAAUUCUACAUACAAUCAAAGAAAUUUAAAAUGUCUUUUGUACGGAAGUGCUUAUUUUUCACCUGGGGAAUUCCAGUGAGAUUGGUAUAUUCUAGGCCAGAUAAUUUUUUCAAAAUAGAGGACAACAAACAUGAGAUGUUCCCACUGACCAAUUUGGAAGCGUGAUCGUUACUAUAUCUUCUCUUGCAGGUGGUUGAAAAUCUCCUUAACUAUUGCUUCCAAACAUUUUUGGAUAAGACCAUGAGUAUUGAAUUCCCAGAGAUGUUAGCUGAAAUCAUCACCAAUCAGAUACCAAAAUAUUCAAAUGGAAAUAUCAAAAAACUUCUGUUUCAUCAAAAGUGACUGCCUUAAUAAGAAUGGUUGCCUUAAAGAAAGUCGAAUUAAUAGCUUUUAUUGUAUAAACUAUCAGUUUGUCCUGUAGAGUUUUUGUUGUUUUACUUUUUAUUGUUUUCAUCUGUUGUUUUGUUUUAAAUAUGCACUACAUGUGGUUUAUAGAGGGCCAAGACUUGGCAACAGAAGCAGUUGAGUCGUCAUCACUUUUCAGUGAUGGGAGAGUAGACGGUGAAAUUCAUUAGUUAAUGUAUCCCAGAAAUUAGAAACCUUAAUAUGUGGACAUAAUCGCAACAAAGAAGGAUGGCACCUAAACCACCAGUGCCCAAAGUCUGUGUGAUGAACUUUCUGCUCAUACUUUUUCACAGUUGGCUGGAUGAAAUUUUCUAGACUUUCUGUUGGUGUAUCCCCCCACUGUAUAGUUAGGAUAGCGUUUUUGAUUUAUGCAUGGAAACCUGAAAAAAAGUUUACAAGUGUAUAUCAGAAAAGGGAAGUUGUGCCUUUUAUAGCUAUUACUGUCUGGUUUUAACAAUUUCCUUUAUAUUUAGUGAACUACGCUUGCUCAUUUUUUCUUACAUAAUUUUUUAUUCAAGUUAUUGUACAGAUGUUUAAGAUGGGCAGCUAGUUCCUAGCUUUCCCAAAUAAACUCUAAACAUUAAUCAUCUGUGUGAAAAUGGGUUGGUGCUUCUAACCUGAUGGCACUUAGCUAUCAGAAGAUCACAAAAAUUGACUCAAAUCUCCAGUAUUCUUGUCAAAAAAAAAAAAAAAAGCUCAUAUUUUGUAUAUAUCUGCUUCAGUGGAGAAUUAUAUAGGUUGUGCAAAUUAACCAUCCUAACUGGUAUAGAGCACCUAGUCCAGUGACUUGGUGGGUAAACUGUGGAUGAUGGUUGCAAAAGACUAAUUUAAAAAAUAACUACCAAGAGGCCCUGUCUGUACCUAAUGCCCUAUUUUUGUAAUGGCUAUAUGGCAAGAAAGCUGGUAAACUAUUUGUCUUUAUGGACCUUUUAAAGUAGUUUGUAUAACUUCUUAAAAGUUGUGAUUCCAGAUAACCAGCUGUAACACAGCUGAGAGACUUUUAAUCAGAGCAAGUAAUUCCUCUCACUAAACUUUACCCAAAAACUAAAUCUCUAAUAUGGCAAAAAUGGCUAGACACCCAUUUUCACAUUCCCAUCUGUCACCAAUUGGUUAAUCUUUCCUAAUGGUACAGGAAAGCUCAGCUACUGAUUUUUGUGAUUUAGAACUGUAUGUCAGACAUCCAUGUUUGUAAAACUACACAUCCCUAAUGUGUGCCAUAGAGUUUAACACAAGUCCUGUGAAUUUCUUCACUGUUGAAAAUUAUUUUAAACAAAACAGAAGCUGUAGUAGCCCUUUCUGUGUGCACCUUACCAACUUUCUGUAAACUCAAAACUUAACAUAUUUACUAAGCCACAAGAAAUCUGAUUUCUAUUCAAGGUGGCCAAAUUAUUUGUGUAAUAGAAAACUGAAAAUCUAAUAUUAAAAAUAUGGAACUUCUAAUAUAUUUUUAUAUUUAGUUAUAGUUUCAGAUAUAUAUCAUAUUGGUAUUCACUAAUCUGGGAAGGGAAGGGCUACUGCAGCUUUACAUGCAAUUUAUUAAAAUGAUUGUAAAAUAGCUUGUAUAGUGUAAAAUAAGAAUGAUUUUUAGAUGAGAUUGUUUUAUCAUGACAUGUUAUAUAUUUUUUGUAGGGGUCAAAGAAAUGCUGAUGGAUAACCUAUAUGAUUUAUAGUUUGUACAUGCAUUCAUACAGGCAGUGAUGGUCUCAGAAACCAAACAGUUUGCUCUAGGGGAAGAGGGAGAUGGAGACUGGUCCUGUGUGCGGUGAAGGUUGCUGAGGCUCUGACCCAGUGAGAUUACAGAGGAAGUUAUCCUCUGCCUCCCAUUCUGACCACCCUUCUCAUUCCAACAGUGAGUCUGUCAGUCAGCGCAGGUUUAGUUUACUCAAUCUCCCCUUGCACUAAAGUAUGUAAAGUAUGUAAACAGGAGACAGGAAGGUGGUGCUUACAUACUUAAAGGCACCAUCUAAUAGCGGGUUACUUUCACAUACAGCCCUCCCCCAGCAGUUGAAUGACAACAGAAGCUUCAGAAGUUUGGCAAUAGUUUGCAUAGAGGUACCAGCAAUAUGUAAAUAGUGCAGAAUCUCAUAGGUUGCCAAUAAUACACUAAUUCCUUUCUAUCCUACAACAAGAGUUUAUUUCCAAAUAAAAUGAGGACAUGUUUUUGUUUUCUUUGAAUGCUUUUUGAAUGUUAUUUGUUAUUUUCAGUAUUUUGGAGAAAUUAUUUAAUAAAAAAACAAUCAUUUGCUUUUUGAGUGCUCUCUAAAAGGGAAUGUAAUAUUUUAAGAUGGUUUGUAACCCGGCUGGAUAAAUUUUGGUGCCUAAGAAAACUGCUUGAAUAUUCUUAUCAAUGACAGUGUUAAGUUUCAAAAAGAGCUUCUAAAACGUAGAUUAUCAUUCAUUUAUAGAAUGUUAUGUGGUUAAAACCAGAAAGCACAUCUCACACAUUAAUCUGAUUUUCAUCCCAACAAUCUUGGCACUCAAAAAAUAGAACUCAAUGAAAAAAAGAUUAUGUACACUUUGUUGUCAAUAAUAAGUCAACUGAUGUUCAUCAACAACUAUAGGAGGCUUUUCAUUAAAUGGGAAAAGAAGCUGUGCCCUUUUAGGAUACGUGCAGGAAAAGAAAAUCAUCUUAAUUAUGUUUAAUUAUGGAUUUAAGUGCUAUAUGGUGGUGCUGUUUGAAAGCAGAUUUAUUUCCUAUGUAUGUGUUAUCUGGCCAUCCCAACCCAAACUAUUGAAGUUUGUAGUAACUUCAGUGAGAGUUGGUUACUCACAGCAAAUCCUGAAAAGUAUUUUUAGUGUUUGUAGGCAUUCUGUGGGCUACUAUACAAGCAGAACUGAGGCACUUAGGACAUAACACUUUUGGGGUAUAUAUAUCCAAAUACCUAAAACUAUGGGAGGAAACCUUGGCCACCCCAAGAGGAAAACUAACAUGAUUUGUGUCUAUGAAGUGCUGGAUAAUUAUCAUGGGAUGAGCUCUGGGCAUGCCCAUGAAGGAAAGCCACGCUCCCUUCAGAAUUCAGAGGCAGGGAGCAAUUCCAGUUUCACCUAAGUCUCAUAAUUUUAGUUCUCUUUUAAAAACCCUGAAAACUACAUCACCAUGGAAUGAAAAGUAUUGUUAUACAAUACAUUGAUCUGUCAAACUUCCAGAACCAUGGCAGCCUUCAGUGAGAUUUCCAUCUUGGCUGGUCACUCCCUGACUGUAGCUGUAGGUGAAGGUUUUUUUUUUUUUAUGUGUCUGGUUUUAGUGUCAGAAGGGAAAUAAAAGUGUAAGGGGGACACUUUAAACCCUUUGGGUGGAGUUUCCUAAUUUCCCAGACUAUUUUCAAGCAACCUGGUCCACUCAGGAUUAGUGACCAGGUUUUCAGGAAAGGAUUUGCUUCUCUCUAGAAAAUGUCUGAAAGGAUUUUAUUUUCUGAUGAAAGGCUGUAUGAAAAUACCCUCCUCAAAUAACUUGCUUAACUACAUAUAGAUUCAAGUGUGUCAAUAUUCUAUUUUGUAUAUUAAAUGCUAUAUAAUGGGGACAAAUCUAUAUUAUACUGUGUAUGGCAUUAUUAAGAAGCUUUUUCAUUAUUUUUUAUCACAGUAAUUUUAAAAUGUGUAAAAAUUAAAACCAGUGACUCCUGUUUAAAAAUAAAAGUUGUAGUUUUUUAUUCAUGCUGAAUAAUAAUCUGUAGUUUAAAAAAAAAAGUGUCUUUUUACCUACACAGUGAAAUGUCAGACUGUAAAACCUUGUGUGGAAAUGUUUAACUUUUAUUUUUUCAUUUAAAUUUGCUGUUCUGGUAUUACCAAGCCACACAUUUGUACCGAAUUGGCAGUAAAUGUUAGUUAGCCAUUUACAGCAAUGCCAAAUAUGGAGAAACAUCAUAAUUAAUAAAAAAAUCUGCUUUUUCAU